AGUAGGAGCGUCGGCGGCAGCAGCGGUGGCGGCGGCGGCUUUGCGGAGCUCGCGUCAUUUUUAGCGCGACUGCGCUCCCCUCCACCACCCCACAACAAAAACACAGUUGUGUCGCGCGGUCUCCCGCGUGCUCGUGGCAUGGCCUCAGCAUGAACGCCGGCGAGCAAAGCAUCGUGGCCGAUUGGCUUCGCACUCUGGGACUGCCUCAGUACGCGGAGAGCUUUGUGGACAACGGAUACGAUGACCUGGAGAUCUGCAAGCAGAUUGGCGAGCCCGACUUGGAUGCCAUCGGCGUCACCGAUCCGAGGCACAGGGACCGCGUGCUCCAAGCCGUGCGCGUUUUGCUCGAACAGGGCGGCACCUCGGUGUACUUCACUCUGGAGGAAGCCGCGAGGCAUUCUCGGGUCUCGGCGGCAUCGGCGAGCGAGUACGGCUUCGACGACUGGGGCUCGCCGGCGCCGGACAAAGCUGCGGUGCGGCCGGAUUCGCUCCGCUACUUUCAGGACGAGUACGAGGAGGGCAAGGCCGAGCUGGUGCGCUUUCCCAAGAUGCAGCUCAAGAUCAUGGUCAGGGAGAAAAUGGUUCGCGAUGGGAUACGCCUCAGCAUGCAGCCGUACAGCAACCCGGAUGGCAGUCGGGGAGACCUGGACGGUCUCGCGAGACGCUACGCGGAAGAGCUGCGGACACACUUUCAGGACGUUCUCGAGAGACUCGAAGAGCUCCGGAAGCGCCGAGUGGCUGCCGACUUUGCUCAGCUUCCGGACGAUAUUACCAAUAAUUUGGGCUAUAGGGCGCCUCGGUAUUACAGACCUGGCAAAUACAUGCCUUCAAGCUGCGUCAACGACCCGGACGAAGAGUGCGGUGGUGUGGUGGACCCUUACGGCGUCUACGGUGUCCGCCUUGGCGCCUUCGUGGACAGCGCGGGAUCUCCGCAACGGUGCCUAAGUCCUCGGUCCAAGUACUUCUACGAGCCUUGUCCCUUCUCUGCGUCCGACUGUCGUGAAGGAGGUGCCGAGUCCGGGCGCUCCAAGAAGGCUUCUGGUGGCGGCGGGGGUGGAAGUGGUGGCGGCGGCACCGGCCUGGGCCGCCUCUUCCGCACGUUGGGCAGUAAGAAGGAACGCUGCAAGACCUCGCCGCGCCACCUGGCCUCCAGGCUCAGGCCAGCCGCCGUCGGGUCCUCCACGUCGGCAUGCAGGCAGCCGGACGCCGCUGCGGCGCAGCUACAGUGGGCCGCCGCCCCAGAAGUGUCGCCACCGUCGUCGGGUCUGCAGCAACCGGGCCUGGACGAAGAGCUGCUAACCGACGACCGCUGUCUGCAGCUGAUGCUCGCCGUCCGAGAGGGUCACAUGACUGGAGACCAGGCGCUGAACAGGAUUCGCCAACGGGGCACACUGCGAUUCCGCAACAACCGAAACCGCGAAGAGUUGCUGAAUGACCUUGCCAGGAGCCUUGUAUGGAACCAAGGCGGCCCCAAGAAGGCCCAGGCUAAUGCGGUGUUUUACACAGACGGUGUGGCCCCGGCGUCCGGCUGCCUUGGACCAUGCCGUGGUCCCGCGGGGUUGUCUGCGCCUGCACAGCCCAUCUACUACGAGCCGCCCGACGCGGUGGGUCUGGUGGCGACCGGGUCGCCCCUGCGCGCCGCCGUGGUGGUCGCGGCACCGGGUUCCUCGUCUUCCUCCUCUUCGUCGUCCGUUUUGAUUCCCGAUCGAUGCUGCGGCACCAGCACGACUAGCACCAUUCCGCGGCCCAACGCCAUCUUGUCGCCCUUCAGGGCGGCCAAGCCGGUCUCGGACCCUGGUCCGGCCACGGCCCCGGUCUACGGCUCCACCACUGAGGUAUGCGACGGCAACUGCGGCAACAUCAUGUGCAGCGUUCGCGCCUCCUCGGACAGCCCUCCGUCGUCCGAACCGUCCACGUUGCUGCCGCCCGGUCACACCACGGUGCUGACGACAUCUACCAAGGCGGACGCGAUAACGACGGGCGGCAACGCCAAGCGCGACGACAGCGGCAAGAACGACGGUUCUACCGCGGCGGACGGCGCCCAGCGCACCGUGCCGGACGUGGCGCACGACAGCGAGCUCAAACGCGCCGCGCUCGCAGCGGCCGCCGCCGCCGCUGGCGCUGGCGACAAGCCAGCUUCCGACGACGUCCGCGCGACGACGUUUGGCGCUGCGGUCGGCUCGGCGGUGGUGGCGGCGGGCAGCGUGACCGGCGCUCCGAGUGUCGAGUCGUCGUCUGCCAACGUCAGGGUCGUCACGAUGCUGGGCAAGCUUCGGGGACGCACGCAGCCAACGCGCAACAGCUACUGUGCCAGUGAGGAAGGCCAGUCCCAGUCUUCAGACUACGAGGACCAGGAGGAGGCUGAAAAGCAGAUGGGAGAAGCCCAAAAAGCUCCGGAUCAGCAGCUCAGGAACUCGCUUGUAGGACGGGUCAGGCAUCUCCACAAGGAUGUCAAGAAAAAGAUAUCUCGGUUCCGGAACAGCCGGAGCUCUGUGGAUGGGACGAUGGAAGACAAGGACCUUCCGGAUGAGAUCCUUCAACCUGGAAGCUCUGUGGAAAGCAUUCCCAGUGGAUCUGUGGGCUCCCGAUCAAGCAUACAGGCACACACUCCAACCAGCAGCAACAGGAGCUCUUCCUCCAUUGGGGAAGAAGAGUGCAACCCACAGUGUUUCGGCCCUUUCGUUGGCCGGGCACGUGCUCUUGUGGACUGUGUGCCUUCUCCUUAUGACAAGGAUGGCCUUGCGUUCAAGAAAGGAGAUAUCAUAGACAUCUUGUCUAAGAACACAACAGGCACAUGGGUUGGUGUUGCCAACAAGAAGGUGGGCCACUUCAAGUUCAUUAACGUAGAGGAAAUUCCUACGGAAACAAAACCACGAAAGCGAAGGUUCCCAAGUGUACCGAAGCUAGAGCAGAGGCCCGAAUCCCUGGAGGAGUUGCUUGGCAUGUUUUCACUACAGAAUUAUGUCAACGUAUUCAUGCUGCAUGGCUACCAGGAUCUCGACACCUUCAAGGAAAUAACAAAGGAAGACCUGGAGAGCUUGGGAAUUAAUAAUGAAGACCACCAGAUGCAAAUCCUCAGGGCCGCUGAAGCACUCCUCGAACAUGAUGGUGAAAUCCUCGGUGAAUACCUAGAGGCGCCUGCCUGCCCUGAACUUCCACCUGUCAGGGAAGGGGAUGCAGACCUAGCUCUGGACAGUGUAAUCAACGAUCUCGACAGUGUGCCCAGCGCAUUCCAGAAUGACCGAAAGGCAUUCACGGUGGCCAGCGACGGUGACUCUUCCUUGAACAAUGGAAGUAACCUCUUGCGUUUCCCAAUGAACAUCCCCGUGCCUGAACCGGAUAGCCCACCCGCUUUUGCAACAAGGUGUGAUGACACCAAAGAGAGGGCAUUCAACGGAACCAACACCCCCCCACUUCCUCCGUCGAUCGUCAGUGCGGCCGUUGAGCGGUUCGAGCUGCGUCGAGCUUCGGCGGACUGCAUUCGAAACCACAUUCCGAAGAGCCUGCAGAACGUAUUCCGCAAGCUGAGUGGCAACGGAGGCGAUGACGACGGUCGUUCCGCUUCCUUUGAUGACGAGACGCUGGCUGAGUCGCCUGCGAAAACGUCGUAUGGCUCGAGCUUCGCUCGGAAAGUGAAAGCGUCUGCCCUCCUUCGGAGGGACUCCCAUGACCCUCGCAAGGCCAAUGAUAGGAAGGGAAGCUUACACAACGUUGAGGAGACGGCGGCAGCGGCGGCACUCUCCCUGCACAUGUGCAUCGAACACAAGCUCGCUGCAGAAGGCAUUGACCUAUGCCAGGAGCCUUACACAGACAAGAUUGGCUUUUGUGGCAUACCGCCAGCCUUGGUACAGCGGUACUCCGAGGAACUUCAAAGGGAUAUAGCAGAAACUGCGGAAGCCCUGGACAAGAUUCGCAUCACGGAAUUGGAUCGCAUAGGCAAGCAAGGGGUUCCCAAUGACUUCCUGGCCGACUCCUGCCACGGCACCAGCGUGGAGGCCGACUAUUCGGGUGGCCUACGGCCCUGGCUCGUCUCACUCGGUUUGCCAAUGUACGAGCCACUGUUCCUCGAGGCUCGACUCUGCGACCUGGCGCGCAUCGCCCAGCUGCAAGAGCAGGACUUGCGGGCGCUGGGCAUCUCCAACGUGCGGCACGUCCGACAUUUGGCGGCUGCCAUUGGCGCGCUACAAAUGGAGCAGAGCCGCUAUGGCCUCGAGCUACGAUGACAGCUCCUGCAGAGGUGGCACGCCACUCGCGAGCAGGUGGCGCGCACCUGCGAACGCCUGUUGUCCAGCGGGAGUGACACCAGGGCGCUGUGGCGGCGGGCUUCGUCACCGUCGUAGAUCCGAGAGGGUGGCCGGUACACUUUCUCUAUGUGGGGGACAGUGGUCGGAGAACGAAAGGCGACAACAUUUUUGGCUACUGUGGCCCGUGUUUACGAGAUGCCAGAACCGAGUGUGUGGUAGUAUUCGGUGUAUCACUACGGUGGACAAGAGCUCCCUGCGUUGUGAAAAGGCGUUAAUUUCAUGCUUGCCUGCUGCCACGGCCUUCAACAGCAUCUUGUUUCGUUGCUGUAGGCUCGGAGCGUCGCUACUGCAGAUUCUUGUGCAAUGUUGGUCAGUGACUACUCAGCAUCUGGGGAAUAGUGCCACAUGGUUGUAGUUGCCAGCUGUUUAGAAGUGCUGGAAAUAAGUGCAGCAUCAAGUCUGUAGAUGCCAGACAUGAUAUCACAGUCCGCAUGCACAACUUGAAAUCGAAAAGUGCACUGCAAUUUCUGCACAGCAAUGUUUAAAGUGCUGUCCCCAGUUCCUGCAUGGUGAGCCUAGGCCACUCAAAAACUUUUUUUUUUUUUUUUCAUGGCACCUGUGUUUCAGUGACAUCUGCUUGAAGCCAUUAGCUUCCUGUUCUGCAAAAAACUAACAUAGAACUAUGCUUUUUAGCUCAUGGCCAAUGAUACGAUAUUGGUCUAGAAGACCAGUUGUGUUGAGGCAAAUUAUUCUUUUUUUUUUCUUUUCUUUUGCUUUGAUUGAAUCAAAGACAUAUGCGUUGCGAGAUUUCCUUGUGACUGGACCUGUAUAAUUUUAAAUACACUGGUGUUUUACAUUCACUGCGAUCACAAGACCCACACCUUGCCAAAAAAUGCUUGGUUGAGCAGCAAGACAUGCAAGUUGCAGCAAUGGGGUACAGCUGCGUUCUUGUCCAUGGCCUCAUUAGUUUCUCGCACACACUCUGCGCCUAUUAAUUUCCUGGUAAAAUGUUAUUCCUGCUGGUACAUGUAAGCAGAGAGUGCAUCUGCAUGCUGCAGCUAGCUGGAAAAUUGGUCAAAACGCAAGGUGGGACCAGCCUUGUGCUUUUAUACCUGCAAUACACAAGUACAUGAUCACCGAGUCAAAGGCCACGGAGUGUCUUCACAUUUCAGGCACCAGUGGCUUCAUUGCAUGUUACAAGGUCCAUUCGAAUCUGAAUCGCUACUUCAGAGCCAGUCAUGCUCAUGCAGAACUGGCACGGCACAAUCUGUGCGAGCCCUGCUCUACCUUUCUGACAAGUACAGCGAAUGCCGUGCACUCAUUAUGCACGAAGCCUGCAUUGUGUAAAAGAAAUGGCAACAUGCAGAUGCCGCCACGUUGAACUGAUGAAACAAACAGCAAAAUGCAGCACCUCCUUCUAGUUCCGAAAGUGGCGGCGAAUCUAACGGACCUUCAAUGUCACUGCUGUCGCCGUGCCAUUCAUACAAUUCUAUUUUGGGCAAGAAGCGCAAUACAACCCACAAUAUCCUUUGUUAUAUUGCAGCUUUCCUUGCCUUGACAUAUGUGCAGUAGGACAGCAAGGCCAGGUUAAAGAAAAAGUGCUCUUAGGUGCUUUUCUUUGUGUUAAUAUUGGCUGAGACUUGCUUCCUAGCGCCAUUCUGCCUUCGAAGCCAUCUCUCGGGCUUUGAAUGGAAAGAGUGGCUGUCAGGAAAACAGGCCUUUCGCUGCAGUACAUGAACUUUUGCUGCUUGUCACAACCAUUGUGCAUUCAAAUUGACGAUGCAUGCAUUCUGCUGGAACCUGUGUGUUACGCAUUCUUUUACUUAUAUACUCAGUCAUGUGUAAUGAUUGCAAGCCAGCAUCUUCUUAACUGCUAGCAAAGAAGACACUUGUAGUGGGCCGAGGCACCAUGGCAGAAGCUUUAAAUCCUGUGUCAUUUUGACACUCUGGGAGCGAAGUGGGAAUGCGGGAGUCGUGAAAUUGCACCGGGUAUUGGCUAAAAAAUAGUCAUUACUUCUGGCAUCUCGAGAGCAAUACUCUUAACAGGAGAAUGUCAUUGUUUGUGUGGUGGAGAUGACUUUUACCUUGUUUGCCAUUUCCAUGCUGCGGUCAUAAUGUGCCAGUAUCUCAAGAGUCGAAAUCAUGUACCACCGGCACAUGUUUACUGUGUACAUCAUGCCAUGUAGCGUAAACAUUUCUGUAUGUCAACUCUGAUGCUCUGCUUCUGAAUUUGCGUUCCUAAGAUUACCAAAGUGAUAAAGCUCUUCGUGAGAUUGAUCCAUUGCAUGUAUGUUGCGCAGGGCAGUUUUUUCCAAUAAUGUUGUAAAUAACAAAAAAAAAAAAAACAAAGUGUGCGCAUGAAAGGUAACAUGUGCCCAUGAUGUAUGUGUGUAUGUGCAUAUGUACAUGUGACAGUUAGCAGUGCACACUAAAGGAAUUGUUGCACAAGAUGUUGCAAGUAUGAUCCAGGAUGUGCUAAUAUAGGCUAUCGUGGUCGCCAAUUCAUUCACCUCGGUGCACUGUUAAGCCUACCCUUUGCCAUUAUGUUGUUUACAGAGCAACACUUUUAUUAGUGAAAUUCUCGCAUUAGGUGUGCCUAGGGAGCUAAAGAAUUUUCGGGCAGCACUAAUGUGACAAUGGAUAGGUGCAACUGCUGUUCCAAUGUUUGUGCUUUGAGACUUGUGAGUUAUGAAUUUUUUGAAAGAAUGCUUUAAUCACUCUUAAUAAUAAAAGUCCAUGAAGUGCUGCAGUCCUCAGCCAUCAGUAGUAGUUACUGCCUUGUGCAUUUGUCUAGUCAAGCGUAAGGUACUUCUCACAAUACUGAAGCUGUAGACCUGGUCAUGCCUGGUGCUUCCCUUGUGCACUUUCAAUACCAACGCAGAAUCCACUCACUUCCAGCAGGGAACUGUAAAUAGCGCUGUAAAGAAAUCAAGUCAUGUCUUUCUGUGCCCUGUACUUUACCAAGAUGCCGAGAUAGCUGUUAUUGUAUGUACAGUAAAGCUCCUGUGAAUAAACUAUGUUUUUAAGUAUA